CACGUCAUUUCAAUAGACCGUACGUUUUUUAAAUUCAAAUGUUAAAUGAUGUCAAACGAAGCUUUUUUAUAUAAGUUCAUCGCAUUCAUUUCUAACUAAGAUCGGAGAAAUGUAAAUGUGAACAGUGUUUUUAGCAAAUAAGUAUGGGUAUAUGUGGAGACGCUUCAACUUGGGCAAAAGUUGCCGCAAUUUUAGAAUUAAUUGGAUUACCAUUGUUUAUAUCUGGAUAUGCUACUCCGGCAUGGAUGGUGUCAGAGACAAUUAGAGAACUAUUGGAUGUUUCUAUAGGACUAUGGCAAACUAAUGAUUGCUCAUCCGGGUCAUGUAAAACUAGCAGUGUUCCAGAUUCCUAUAAAAAUGGUUCGUUUCUUGGAACCCAGGCUCUAGAGUCACUUGCAAUGGUAGGAUACAUUUUAGCAACUAUUUUUAUAGUAAUAUAUGUUGCUACAGAAAAAGCCAGAACAAGAUGUUUCGCCAUUACCAUAAUGACAUUUAGCUUAGCAUCAACGUUUUUCUGUGUGAUUGGAAUGAUAAUCUGGUUGGUUGAGAUUCCAACAUCGUAUUUUGGAUCUUGGUCACUUGGGUUGACAAUUGUCGCUGCUGCUUUAUAUGUGGUUGCCAGUUGUCUUCUGAUAAGAGACCUUCGUGCGCAGAAAAAGGCCAACAUUCUGAAAGUUAAACCACAAGAAAAAGUACCACCGAUUCCAUUACAGCCUACGUAUUAUAUUCGAAAUCCCAGUCCAAGAUAUGAGAGAAAGGCACUUCCUCCACCAUCCCCAACAUAUACACCAAGAACGCCUCGGUCAGUGCGUAUCGAUGUGAUAUCCCCUGCCUUCACCGACAACUCGAAUAGAUCACAACGCCGCUAUGGAACACCACAAUAUUCACAGAGAUAUGAUUAUAAAGCACGAUAAAGUAAAAUAACUUUUAUUUGUCAUUAGCCAAUAGGGUCCUGGUCCGCGUCACUAGCAGUAAGCAUUGACCCAAUGUUAUCUUUUUUAAUUUGAGCAAAUUGCGACUUUUUUAGAAGGUAGGAGUACGCUGUAUGUUAAUAGAAGUUAUCAAAAUACCACAUACAUGUCAUUUGUUCACUAUAUACGGAUACGUAAAUACUUAAUUCAUACUUUUAUACAUUCUAUAUAGAGUGUCCAUAUACAAAUUACUGUCUUAGAUAAGGGAGCUACCAUUUGAUUUUUAUUGGGGGGGGGUGGGGAUGGGGGCUAGGAUGAAAUUUGAAAAAAGGCAGGACAGUAGUUUUGAGCAAAAAAAAAGCAGGAUGAGCAACUUGGCAAAAAAAAAAAGGCAGGAUGACAAUUUAUUUUAAAAAAGUCAGGAUAAUAAAAAAAAAAAAAGGCAGGACCGAAUUGAGUGAAAAAUAAAAAGGCAGGACAGAGAUUACAACUAACAAAAAAUGCAGGACAAAAUUUUUCAUCCUAGCCCCCCAUAAAAAUCAAAUGGUAGCUCCCUAAGCGUAAGAAUUGUUCAAAAUAUAAACAGGAGCUUAACAAAUGUUGGAGGAUACAUAUGAGCGAGAUCAAUGGUCUAUUUGUGCCAUUGUUAUAAAGUGUGAAUGUCAUCACACGAAAACCUUGUCUCAAAAACGAAUCAGUUCAACAUCCUCUAUUUACGUUCCCAUACAAUACCUAGAUAAUAGGCAUUUAUAAAAUAAUUUCUAUGUGUGAUUUUGUAUAUCAUAUUGUAUUAAUAUUUUGAAAGACGUAUUAAUUUAUACAAACAAACUAUUAUAAACGACAGUUUAACGUUGAUGUAUGCUUUUGAACUGAAGCGACUUCUUCACACAAAUGGAAUUAUCAAACUUAUGAAAAAAAAUCUUUAUCGAACCGCUAAAGAAAAUGUUCACAAUGAAAUAUGGAAAUGAAUGAAAGAUGUUUACAAUAAUGCAAAUCCAAUAAAAUGUCAAUUAGGCUAAAAUGCAUUUUAGAGUAAAAUCACUGAAAUGGUAAUUUUCGUUAAAUUUUCUGUUUUUAAUGAGAAUGUUUGGUAGAUUUUGCUGUUUUACAUGAAAUUAAUGAAAUUUGAAGUCAUAAAGAUACAAUUCAAAAAUAUAAAUACUGAUAUCUGACAUAGUAAUUAUAAAUGUCUUGUAAAACUAAUAGAUGUUUUUUGAUAGAUUUGUAAAACUUUUUGAUUUUCGAAAUUAUAGGGCCAAAAAGAGGCCUCAUUGUACCUCCUUUUGCACCGAUGGUUAUUUUACCAUUUUUUUAAAUAAAAGCAGUAUAAUUAUAUCAUUUAAAAAUUAUCAUCUGAAUUAUAUAAAGACCGUGAGAAAUGAAACAUUUGACCAACAUUCUAUGAUGUGGUGUUCAUUUUUUUGCAGUGAAAAAAGUAGAAAAUCUGUCAUUUUAGUUUAGACUAUUGAAACUUGUUCAUUCUUAUCGUGUGCUUGUGUACUUAGAAGUAUAAAUGUUGUUCUCUGUAAUCAAUUACAGUCACUUGUAUACUUAUAUUGUUUGUACUUUAUAUUUUGCUGAAAUAUUUAAUUUUUGGAUACUCAUGUCUUUUUGAAAUUUCGGGAACGAUGCAAUGCACUGUAAAAUGUACUAUAAUCUUUCUGUCCUUUUAAUUUGAAAACGUAUGUUUAAAUAAAUUCAGACCAAUUUUUAUAUUCCUGGGCAUAAUAUUAUUCUCAGUUUAUUUGAAAAGAUUGACAGUUUUAACGAUCUGCUUUUAAGUUCAAUUGUUCAUUGUUCUCAAAAAUGAGUUUGUGGGAAGGUCAACACAAUCUACUCGGUUCUGUUGACACCAUAAACAAUAUCACAAUCAGUAACAUUACUGGGAUAUAGAACCGAAUCAUAACAUUUUGUAAGAAUGUAAAUCAUUUUCUUUUUCUUUUUAUCUUUUGACAAUAUUUACCACAUGGAUAGUGUCAUGGCAUUGUAUAAAUCAACAAUGAACUUUUGAAAGAAGACAAAGUGUGUUGAGAAAAAAAAAGACAUGUAUGUAAAUAAUGGCAUUAUAGAAGAUAUUUUGUUUAAUUUGAAUUUAUGUUAUCAAAAACUCAUAAAAUAUCAGGUAGAUUUAUUAAAUAAUUUAUUGACGUAAAUGCACUAUUGUUAUUCAUAUUUUCAUUAUUUAUUGUUGUUGUUUAAUCUUUUCUUGUUAUACAUUUAUGUUUGUCAAUUGAUUUCAUUAAACAUAUAAACAUUUUUA